AUGACGAACAAAAUUAUUUCUUGGAAUCUAAGGGGUUUAGGUGAUGUGAAAAAGAGAAUUGUUGUUAACUCAGUCCUCUCAAAAUGGAAUGCUGACAUAGUGUUACUUCAAGAAAAAAAAUUGGAAGAUAUGACAGAAAUGAUAAGGAAGGAAAUCUGGAACAAGCCAAGCGCAAAAUUUUGCUUCAAACCAUCUGAAGGCACUAAAGGAGGGAUAUGUAUUAUGUGGGAUGGAGAUAAAUUUGAUAUGGUGGACAAUUUACAUGUUAUUUUCUCUCUCUCGUGUAUGUUUAGAUGUACUGCAAACAAUUUUGAUUUCUUUGUAUCUUCUGUUUACGCUCCUAAUGAUCGAAAAGAAAGGCGUAUUCUUUGGAUGGAGCUACGAGAAGUUUUGGGAAUUUGGGAUAUUCCGGGGUGUCUUGGUGGCGAAUGGAAUGUAAUAUCAACUCUUGAAGAAAAUAAUAGACAGGGAACACUAUCUCGUGCUAUGCGGAAUUUCAACCAGUUCAUGUCAGAUUUUAACCUUGUUGAUUUACCGUUAUGUGGGGCAAAGUACACUUGGUCUAAUUUUCAGGACCCUCCUACUUGCACUCGGAUCGAUAGAUUCUUGCUGAACUCAAAGUGGGACAACUACUUCCCAGGUACUACUCAAAUUGCAAAGCCGAGGACUGUGUCAGAUCAUAUUCCUCUCUUAUUAUCUACUGAAAUGGGAGACAGUGGUCCAAGGCCGAAAAAGUUCGAGCUAAUGUGGCUGGAGGAUGAAGAACUUCCAAAUUUGAUGAAGGAAUGGUGGGAAAAUCUUAAUUUUUGGGCUUUACUUGAAGAUAAAAGAAAGAAGCAAAAAGCUAAAGAUCAUUGGCAUCAAGAUGGAGACAAAAAUUCAAGUUAUUUUCAUAAAUUUGCAAAUGGAAGAAGAAGACUAAAUAACAUAGGGUGCUUAAAAGUGGAUGGUGAGUUAACAAAGGACAAGCGGAGAAUAUCACAUCACUUGAAACAUUUCUAUGAGGAGUUGUACAAGGAAGAAGAUCGUAAUAGACCUUUCAUGGAGGAAUUGCAGUUCACUACUCUCGAUAUGGAGGAUUGUCGAAGUCUAGAACGUCCAAUCACCGAAGAAGACGUCAAGAUGGCUAUCAACGAAAUGGGUAAGAAUAGAGCCCCGGGACCAGAUGACUUUCCUGUAGAGUUCUAUGUUCACUUCUGGGAUAUCAUCAAGGUGGAAUACAUGAUGUUCGUGAAAUUCUUCGAGGAAAAAAACUUUAUGGAUUGGAGAGCAAAUAAUACUUUCAUUCGUCUUAUCCCUAAAAGGACUACAGUCGAAGAUGUCAAAGACUUUAGGCCGAUCAGUUUGAUUAAUACUUCAUACAAGAUUGUGACCCAUGUUUUAUCCUCCCGGCUAAAGCUAGUUCUUCCAAAAAUAAUUUCGGAAACUCAAUCUGCUUUUGUGGCGAAGAGACAGAUUUUUGACAGUAUUCUAAUAGCAAAUGAGUGCAUUGAUUCCAGGUUAAAGUCUAAGAAUCCAGGGUGGGUCUUCAAGCUAGAUGUUGAGAAAGCUUACGAUAAGAGGGUUGCGUCAAGGCGACCCUUUGUCACCUUUCCUAUUUACUAUGGUCAUGGAGGCUUUCAGCAAAAUGAUCUUCAAACUGGAAGGAAAUGGUUUAUAUGA